GCAGACAUCGGGAGUCCAGCGCGCACCCGCCCGAUGAGAGACGGGCGGGAAGAAGACGGGUCGUCCGGCGACACCGAAGUCAGAGUUUCCCUUUAUGGCGGAUGUUUGGUGUACCCCGCUUCCAAAACAAAAAGCGGUGCGUGCGCUGGAGCUGGGGAUUUUUGUUUUGCAGCUGGGGCUGGCGGUUCAGCGUUGCAAACACAGUAGCUCGAGCGCCCCAGGCUCGCAGCGUGACAGCUAAAACCGUUGGGCUCGCGAGCCGAACAGCACUGGGAUUCCUGGGCUCACGCUCCAUACCCGGGCUCGCGCUCCGGUGUUGCCAUCCCUCCCGCUCCAACUGUCACUGAAGCCUCUUACUCCGCCCCAAUUAAAUCUCAUUAAGUUUUAACAUCGACGAAAGUCGAAACACCUCCGAUGCAUUUUUCAAAUCCAAUUUGCUUAUUUUUCCUUUGACCAUUUUUUUUUCACUGAAGAUCGUUCCCAUCGCUGCAUUAUGUGUGAGGAAAAUGCAUUCAAAUUGGGUGCUCUUGUUCCAGCAUCAUUCCUGUUAAUGGGGUAGGAAUAACAACUCUCAUCCCCCACGUUAAACACCCUUCUGAGAUGGAUAAAUCCCGACUCCUGCACAGGAUGAGGGCCUUGAUGGCUAGGCCAGCAUGCAUUGCCCAUUCCUAAUUGCCCAGUUAAGAGUCAACCACAUUGCUGUGGAUCUGGAGUCACAUGUAAGCCAGACCAGGACAUUCAUGUGGAAAUGCACAUCCUGAUCCUGGAAUCGCAUAGGGAUAUUACUGGCUGUAGUCCCAGAUUAUAUGAGGAUGCAUUAGUAUACUUUCAAGUGUUGAUGGUGUAAAUAGGCUAUUCAUCUGGAGGACAGACUGAAGUAAAGGAGACUCCAGCAACAAGUUUCCAGUUUUGCUUGAGAACCUUCUCCCCACCACCUAACAUCUAUCAUCAGGGCAAAACUAAAAUGGAAAGUGAUGAUGACCCUUUGGUGCAGCAUCUAUGGCUGGAGGAAGAAGAAGACAAUGUGUUGGUAAACUCUUACAGAGGUCAAAGGCUGUGCAAGAAGUGCCACUGUAACUUUAAAAGAUUAUUCUAUGAUUUGCAAGUUAAAGGCUUUUGGGGACUGGUUGGGUGGAUAUUUACUAACCCAUAUUGCACUGCCUUAAUAUUAGUAAUAGGUUGCAUAAUCCCAACAAUUCUGACUGUUGUUAUGCUUUUGCAUUGUUCUGCCCUCGAUAUUGAUAUAUCCUACAAUGCCUUUGAGAUUCGUAACCAUGUAUCCUCACUGCGCUUUGAUGCACUGACGCUUGCUUUAAAAUCACAGUUUGGGUCUUGGGGGAGAAACAGACGUGAUUUGGCUGAGUACACAUCUGCUACCUUAGAAAAACUCAUCAAAGAAGAGCUGCAAAAACUGCUCAAUAAUUCUUCUCAGCCAGUCGAUGCCUCCCAUGUCAAAAACAUUUACAAAUCAGGUGAAGCCCAGGGACCUGAUGGAACUCGCCUGAGCAAAAGAGACUUGUUCUCACAACCUGUGACCAAGAGGAGCCAUGAUAAAUACAAAAUGCGGAAACCAAGAGCAGUGUCACACAAGAGCUAUCCGAACACUUACAUUAAUGGAGAUACUCAAACACAUGCAUUAUGGAGGAUGGAGCUUGUAUUUCUAGCAAGAGGUGAUGAUGAAAGGAAUAUUUUCACGAAAGAACGUUUAUUGACAAUUCAUGACAUUGAGAAGAAAGUCAUGGACCAUCCUAGGUUUCGAGAAUUUUGCUGGAAACCUCAUGAAGUCCUCAAGGACAUGCCGCUUGGUUCAUAUUCUUAUUGCUCGCCUCCCAGUUCCCUCAUGACCUAUUUUUUUCCAACAGCACAAGGUGGAAGGAUUUACUACGAUGGAAUGGGACAGAAGUUGGCAGAUAUUCAUGGCUCACUCAAGCUGGCUAUUACUCAUCCUGAAUUUUACUGGUAUGUUGAUGAGGGACUAACAGUUGAAAACAUGAAAAGCUCCCUGCUUCGUAGUGAGAUCCUGUUUGGAGCCCCACUUCCCAAUUACUACUCAGUGGAUGACCGAUGGGAAGAGCAGCACAGAAAGUUUCAGAAGUUUGUGAUCUCUUAUGCUGACCUUUUGGCCUCACAAUCCACCAAGAAAGUGCAAGUCCUAUAUGGUGGAACAGACCUGUUUGACUAUGAAGUACGACGAACAUUUAAGAAUGAUAUGUUGCUGGCUUUUAUCAGCAGUGGAUGUAUAGCAGUUCUGGUGUAUAUUCUCACCUCAUUUUCAGCCUUUCUGACGUUCUUUGGAAUUGCCAGUAUUGGUUUGAGCUGCUUGGUUGCCCUGUUUCUAUACCAUGUAGUAUUUGGCAUCCAGUACCUGGGCAUCUUAAAUGGAGUAGCAGCGUUUGUCAUUGUGGGUAUUGGGGUGGAUGAUGUAUUUGUGUUCAUCAACACUUUCCGGCAAGCAAGCCACCUUCGUAACCCACAGGAAAGGAUGAUUCAUACCAUUAAAACAGCAGGGAAAGCCACCUUCUUCACCUCAUUCACCACAGCAGCUGCUUAUGCAGCAAAUAUAUUUUCCCAGAUCCCAGCUGUCCAUGACUUUGGACUAUUCAUGUCUUUGAUAGUUGCUUGCUGCUGGAUGGCUGUUCUGUUCCUUAUGCCAGCAGCACUCUGUAUCUGGAGUCUGUACAUCUCACCUCUGGAAGCAUCCUGCUGCUCCAGCUGUCAACGUGUGUGUAAGAAGAAAGAUAGCAACACAACCCAGAAUUCAGGAGAGUGUGAUCAGUCACUUCUAGUCACAGACCAGGAUUUAUUGGUGAUUGGUGGGAUACUUCAAUACUUGGAUGAUGAUAUUCCUCUUCUAUCCAUUGAUGAAGAAGCAGGUGUUUCCUUUCUUCCUGGAGCUUCAUUAGACAAUGGGGAUGUGCCUUUGGUUUCACUGGUGCCUGAGGCACCUCCACCUGAAGAUGGAAGACAUAAUCCUGGUCAACUGAUAACAAGACUGCAAGAUGUACUUUACCACUUUGUUGCACUUCCUGCAGUAAAGAGUAAAUGGGUCAUUUUAGGCCUUUAUAUCAUUACCCUGGUGAUGUCCAUAGGAUUUGCAACCCAACUGCGAGCUGCCAGCAGAGCACCAUUGCUGUUCAGUCCUGAUACCAACAUUCAGGUCCUCCUCGAUCUUAAGUAUAAUCUCAGUGCAGAGGGCAUUUCCUGCAUCACAUGCUCAGGUGUGUUUCAGGAAAAGCCGCAACCUCUGCUAAAUAACAUGCGAACAUCUUCAGACAAGACGAAACGAGGAGAGAAUCUCCCAUGGAAUAAAGGAGGUGCCUUACGGACUGUUUAUGUCACCAAGUAUGAAGAUGAUGUCCAACCUGCCAUCUACAGAUUUUCUUUGGAUUCCUCUGUUCCAUGGCCAUGGCAUUUGCCACCAACAAAGAAUGGGGAGAUCCCAUCAUUUAAAGUUUACACAGCACCCUACGGUAAUUUUACAAAGAAGCUGACUGUUUGCUCUUCCAUUGUUGGGUUGCCAAGUCCCAAGUGUCCAAAGAAAUGGAUGAUCACAUCAUUAUCAUGCAAUAAAAAGAAAGGCUGGAAGCUUGAUUUCCAUUUCUAUGCAGCAGCCACUAAACAACGUCACACUCAGAAGUUGUACUUUGCUCAGCUGCGGAAGACUCCCUAUCACAGUCGGAUCUGCUUAGCACCACCUGGCUGCAUCCUUAGUGCAGGACCCAAUGGUCCGAAUAAAGGAUUUUUCUAUGUUCCUGAUGAGAAAGUCUCGAAUGUUGAGGAAACUCCAACACUUGAUUUCAAUCCCUGCAUGAACGAUGGUUGUGGGAAGCCAGCAGUGCGUCCUCUAGUGGACACAGGUGCUAUGGUCUUCGUUGUGUUUGGGAUUUUGGGAGUGAAUCGCACAAGAAAGCAAGAUAAUCAUGUGAUAGGAGAUAUGGGCAGUGUCAUCUACGAUGAGAGUUUUGACCUGUUCCAAGAAAUUGGAAAUCUGUGUAAGAUUUGCAAAGCUAUCAGCAGUAAUUCGGAAUUGGUGAAGCCAGGAGGAGCUCAGUGUUUACCUUCAGGUUACAGUAUUUCAACCUUCGUGCAAAUGUUACAUCCAGAAUGUAAGAGCAUUCCAGAGCCUAACUUGCUUCCUGGACAACUGUCUCAUGGUGCUGUUGGAGUAAAAGAUGGCAAAGUCCAGUGGAUUUCAAUGGCCUUUGAAUCUACAACUUAUAAAGGAAAGUCAUCAUUUCAGACAUAUGCAGACUAUUUGAAAUGGGAGAACUACCUUCAAGAGCAGUUACAUCAGUUUUCGGAACAAUCAUCACUACAUCAUGGAUUCCAGACUUGCGAGCACUGGAAACAGAUAUUCAUGGAAAUAAUAGGUGUUCAGAGUGCAUUAUAUAGCUUGAUUCUCUCCCUGAUAAUUUGUGUUGCUGCAGUCGCUAUUUUUACCACCCAUGUACUACUCCUCUUACCAGUCUUGCUGACCAUUCUAGGUGUUAUCUGCUUGAUGGUUGCCAUCAUGUAUUGGUUUAGCUGGGAGAUGGGAGCUGUGGAAGCCAUCUCUCUGUCCAUCUUAGUGGGCUCUUCUGUGGAUUAUUGUGUCCAUCUUGUCGAGGGUUACCUGCUAGCAGGAGAAAACCUUCCAAUAACUGAGACCGACGAUAAAUCCGAAAUGGGGAAAUGGAGAACCCUCGCUGCUGUGAGCCAUGUUGGUGUUGCCAUUGUGUCCAGUGCCAUCACUACAGUCAUAGCAACUAUCCCCCUCUUCUUUUGCAUCAUCACUCCAUUUGCCAAGUUUGGGAAGAUUGUUGCCCUGAACACUGGCAUCUCUAUGUUCUACACCUUGACGGUCAACACGGCUCUGCUCAGCAUCCUGGCUCCAAGUGACUUCUAUCGCUCAAGGAGAUCUUUAAUUAAAGCAGUCCUGGGAGUAGUGGCCAUAGGAGGUGGAGGAUUCUGUGUCUGCCUUGUAUUGAUUAAAUUGGGAUUCAAAAUCCCUCUCCCCAAUGGAUCAACACUGUAAUUUAUUUAUACUACUUUAAUACAAGAGACAACAGAAAUAAUGUUUUAAAAAAGGGAAUUUCAUCACAAUGCAAAAACUGGGACUAUUGCCACUUUUUUUGUAUCAGUUGUUUCUUUCCUUUGUAUGGCAGAUGAUUGCUGACUUGGUGAAGCUAUAAGUAAUGACCUAACUGCAAGCAAUGGUGUGAGUGCAGCUUUUCCUGCUGUUUAGAUGUACAACUAUGGUCAAACUCUUUAUGAUUUUCCACUAUUUGUAAGGAAAGCAUUGAAACAAAUGAAAAUGCAUUCUGAGAGCAACGGGUUCUAGAUAUGUGGUAGACAUACCCUUUGCGCAUAGUUGUAAGGAAAUCUGUUCAUUACAUUUGAAAGCUGGCAGCUAUCUAGUUAAUACUGAGGUACUCUCCUUAAUUUCCUUCCUACUACCAUGUUUCAACUGUUACAGGCUUCAACUGUUUAACUAAGAUUCUGUUAGUUUGGACAGAUUCAUCUCAAACACUGUAUGUGUUCAUGAUCAACCAAUGCAGGUAUAAUCAUGGAGGGCAUGACCACUUCACCACCAGUCUUUUCCCAACACCGUGAAGAAAUAUCAUGUGAAAGACCAACUAAGAAAAGAUGGUUCCCAACAGAAAUUCAGUGAUAUGGGUCAUUGAAACUCAACCCUCCAAGCUCUGGGUUAAAGUGAAAUUCAGUUUUUGAAUAACUUUUCCAUGAGUUAUUUCUCUUAUUUACUUCUUACUCAUUUUUUUAUUCUCCAGUUUCUCUCAUUUGCUCCUUGUCCCCUGUAAUCACAAGGAUAUAGGCAUACACAAUAUCACCCAAGUGCCAUUCUUCACCCAUGUAUUCUAUCUGACCAUCAAGCAGACACUGCCAACAGAAUUUGCUGGAAUGAUCACCUAGACCAAUGUACAAUAUGCCUUUAUAGUCCAUUGGCCAUAAAGUCAGAUAGAGUCAGCCCCUUCCACUACCAUCUCGAAUGAUGCUAAUGGCCUGACCUACAUGAUGCUGUGUUAUGCCAAGUGUUCCUAUAUCCAUGUUGUAAGGGAAGUCAAAAUUCUUGUUGGUUUAGGUCUUUUAGAAAUUUGGGACAUCUAAGAGCUGUUUGGUUUGUUAAUAAUUCUUGAAGUACAGCUGCUGUUAUGUCAGUGAUAAACAUGGUAGCUAAUUUGCAUACAUAAAGUUUCAACAACAACAGAAAAGUUCAAUAACUAAACAGUGAGCUUUGGUGAGGUAGAGUGGGGGAGAAAUUUUGUUUAGGACAUCCAGAGAAAUCAACGAUUUUGUUCUAAUAGUGAAACAAAUCCACACGGACGGAUGGAUGUUUAGUUUAAUAUCUUACCCUUACUUCCAACACUGCAUCUUCCUCAGUACCCUGCUCAAUAUUAGCCAAACAAUCAUCACUUCCACUAGUGAAAUAUAUCAAAUACGUACACUCAUACAAAAACUAUCUAAGUAAUCUUUCCGCAGGUUGCUUCUUCAUAGUAAAAUCUCCUUUCAAACUAAACUGGUCCCACAUUAAGCAAAAAGGAAAGCUUUAAGACAUUAAACUAAACCAGCUCCCCCAAUCUGAGCAAUUGUAGAUUUGAAAUAAUAAAGACAAAGGUUACAAACUCAGUCUGUUGAUUAUGAAUGCAUUUAUAAAUAUUUGCUUAACCCAGUUGCAAGUAGAAUAGCUAAUCCACUGUAACAAUGCAAGGUAGCUAUCAUUAAUGAGAUAGGUAAUGGCUCAUUUGAUAAAGAUAUAUGGCAGUGAACCUUAUGGACCAGACAAUGUGUAGUGAGAUUGCUGGUCUGAAGUUGCAAUAAGGUUGAUACAAUGGCUUUUACACACUUGGGCUGGAGAGCAGUGAAGUAGUGACCUUCAUUCCCAUUCCUACCUAUCAUCCAGUAACUUCAGGUGGAAAAAUACAUUAAUGAAAUUUGGGUUAAUGUUCCCCUCCUCACCAUAUUUGAAUUGACCGUCAACAUCUGGCUUGGGAAUUCAAGCACUUCCAUUUCUCAACCAAUAGCGCAGUCAGACCACCAGAAACAUGCAGACUAAGGCUGUUUGCCCUUUCCCUACUUUGAUUUUUUACAAAAAUACUUAGAUACUUUCAUAGCUGGUGUAAAGCCUGUUCAGGAAUGUGACAGAAGUAAAUAAGCCCUCCAAUAGUCACAGUAAUGUUCAGCUUCUGUAUCAAUAAUGUUUUCCUCUCCAUUCCCAGAUAGUGCUCAACAUCCAGCCCGCUGCACAGCAUACAUCAGACAACAUUCACUCCUUCGCACCCCUAUCAGAUAGUGCUCACCUCCUCUCCUGGCACACUCUCCACAAAGCCUGGCUCCAUCUGGCUGGCAUUGGAACAAUCAGAAUUAUUGGGGAAGUGGGGGUGUUGAAUGAUUUUCUGAGGUGAGGCAAGACAAAAUGAGCAUUGUCAGGGUGAGAGAGAGAGAGUUGAAAAACUCAUUGGAUAAGAAGGGAGAUGAACACAGGGUUUGAAACAAAGUGGGGAAUGAAGGAUUGGGGAACAGUGUCAGCAGAAAGUGAGCCUGUUUGGGGAGAAUACUAAGCUGUUAUGGAGGUUGACUUAAAAUGUCAAGACAAGGUAAGUCAAUGAACUCAAGACCGAUAUUAAGGAUUGUGUUUGCAGGGGAUUGUUGUAAAUCAGCCAUUCACAUAUCCAAAUUUUAGCAUAGUGUUUGUAGAAAUAGUUCCAGAGCAUCCAGUAUUCAUCAACAUGCCCUGACAAUUCUUCAGUACGUGCUUCAACACAAGGAAUAGCCAAACAAUAGCUGCCUAUAUAUAUAUUAUAUUUAUAUACACACAUAAAUUGGGUUUCAUAUAUCCAGAACACAAAAAGAGACCAUUUAACCUGCGCAAUCUGUCCUGGAUUUUUUUUGAGAACAACCCAAAUCUGAUCCCUUUCUCUCCCUAUGGCUUUUUAACUGCAUUUCAUAUUCAUUCAGAUUCCCAAAAGAAUGCAGUGUCCUCUGCUUCAAGCACUACUGGUGGCACAGCAUUCCUUUCUUCAAUAACCCUGGCCCACAAUUUUGAAGUGAGGUACAUUUGAUUUGCUAUUGUAUUUUGUUUAUCUGUUUCUAGCUAUUUCAUUUUCAUGGUCAAGCAUAAGCAAGUAGAUUACACACUAAAACACAUUUAGAGAUUGUUGAUAAAAAUGCACAAAUGCAAUCUCCAACACUAUAGUUUAAUGAAAAUUGGACAGUUACUGUCAGUAUAAAAUGAAAUAACCUAUUGACAUUGUAACUUAUAUUUUAAUACAUAGAUAUAUAAAAAUAAAGUAAUAAAAUUGCAUCAUACCAAUUAUGUGGUGGGAAAAGUUAAAUAAUACAAGUUAGUUGAGAUAGGCCGAGAAACAAAAUGGAGAAAUAGAUACAAUGUGAUGCAGUGGUUGUUGUCUUUUACCCAUAAUACAGAUACUCAAUGUGGGAGCUCUGCAGCAGGAUCACUCAUUUUUGAAGGAGAUUUAUUAUCUAUACAUCCUUGCGUUGAAAGAAUAGAGGUAUCAGACCAGAUAUGAUGUUGACAUCCAAUGCUUCAGCCAUUAAACCUGCUUCAUUGUUCUUUUGUUGUCAAAAUUGCAUAACAAAAUUUGCAAGAGCUGUUAAAAGUUUAUUGAGUAUGUUUUUCCAUGGCUGGUGUCAGUUAAGUGAAGUGGAAAUAUAAAAUAGGUUGCCCCAUUUUAUAAUUAAAGAGACUGAACUAAAACGCAACAUAUUACCGAGAGGACUGGUUAACCAGGAAUGAAAAGCAAUUAAUUCUGAAGUACUGAACUGUCCAGUACAUCUACAUUAGUAUCAAAAUCUAACAAAGUUUUGAAAAUAGUCUGAAUAAUUCUAAUUACUGUAUAUUGUUAGUUAGUAAUUUCUUUUUCCAUAUUGUGUAAAUUUCUUAAGUAAUUUUGUAGAAAAGGAAUCUUUGAACAAUGUUCCCUGUUUUAGGAACUGUUGUCGAAUUAUUUGACAUUCAAAUUGUUGUA